AUGGACUGGCUACCUGAGCAUCCACCACACUUCAUGAAGAGGGUGCGAGAGCCCUCUGAGAAGUCUAAGAAGGCAAAGAAAGCAAGACUGAGAGAAUCCUAUGGGUCAAGACCUUUAGUCCCUCUGGCUGGCUCUCCAAGUAAGCCUCUACAAGCUCGUGCUCUGACCUCUUCACAGCCAUCACACUCUGAACCUGAACCAAAAGUCACUUCCCCACCUCCUGAACAUCCAAAUCCAACUACAUUUGAACCACCUCAAACACCACCACCCGCACAACAACCAACCCACUCACCAUCUCAACCAAAUCCACAACCUGAACAACCAACACCGACACCCUCUGCUAUUCCCACACCAACAAAUUUCGUUGCCUCCAUCACUCCCACUCUAAAUCUCAGUGCCCGAAACUCACCUUCUCCAUCCUCCCUAGCCUCUGCCACUGAACAAGAAACUGCCUUCCCUACCCUAGAAGAAGCAAUACAAGUUUUUGCAGAGUCUUCAGUAGACAAGAUUAAGUCUCUGACUAUCAAUUCUGGCAUCAGUGAUGAUCCCUUUGAAGUAAGGAUCCACUAG